ACUGGCGGUGGCGGCUGUUGCUGCUGCUGCUCCUUCCGCCACAUUUUGGCUAAAUUAGGAGUCGGGACAUAAUUCUCUCUCUCUGUUGGUAUCGAAGUGGAUACUAGGUCUCUUCUUUUAUGUUGGGGCAAAGAAGAAAUGCCCGAAAAAAUGUGCAAGUCCCUGGAGAAAUGUCUGAUAAUUCAUGUUGCUCAAAACUCAAUAGAACCAGCUGCCAUUGAUUAUUGUUAAGAACAUCUCUCUGAUUGUGAGUUAAAUCUUGCUCUUGACUUUGAGACACAUUUUUGUAUCCAUCCUAAUUAAAUUCCUUAAAUAUUUUGGCCGACAAUCACUCGGAAUAAUAUUGCUUCCCAAGAGAUUUUGCAACACCAAACGCACGUUGCCAAUGUACACAUCAAUUGUCAUCGCUCUAACGUGGGUAGCUCACCUGCGUACCUUUGAUAAGCACACGGGACUACAUAUUUGCAGUUGACUUCGCUCCUUUUCAAUUGACCAGUUAGAUCAACACAAUUGGCUUUGCUUUUUUUGCAACGCAAGGAUAUUCCCAAGAAACAAAAGUCAAUUCAAUCACAAGGUAGACAAAAGAAUAUUUACAAUAAAUUCUUGCCGAGACUUGGUCCUCCCAGUGAUCCGAGUCAUCGGAUGCGGGAGGCCUGCAAAAUCCAAUGGUUCAGGUCAGUCUAGGUAAGUCUGUUCGCAACUGUUGUUUUCCUUGAAGAUUCAGGGUGGUCCUCUGUUAUUGGACACAUCAAGAUCAGACACGUAAAUUUUACUGGCUUAGGGUGAUUGAGAGUGCCAUGAUUGACUGGAUUUGAGAACCAAAACCGGCAUUGAUUCCUACAUGUGACUUGCACAAACAGUACAAACAGAUGAGAAACUCAACUACCUCCCAAACAUCCUGGUUUUAGUAUGUGAUUUUAUUAGGUACAAUACAGUUGAGGAUUGAUACGUGUUAGAGCUCUCCUAUUGGAUUCCAGCUUCUCCGCUAGAGGCAGAGGGAAAACCGUUUCAGACUAGUCCCAAUAAGCAAAACUACUUUGAUAAUAUAUACCCUCUUCUACUUCGAAGCAGAAACAGAGUAUGGUCCAAAACUUGCAUGACCCCAGAGAAGCAGCAGUCGUAACUUAAUGGCAGACCAACAGAAGAUUCAUCCAGUUGCAGAUUUGGAAUCGCCGCCCACCGUGCCUCUUGUGCCCCCUGGUGCCCCGGCUUCCGACAAGGCCGCUAGCCCUCUUCAUCAUCAAAGUCCUCCCAUCAUCGUCCCCUCUCGGCCACCGAGAACCAGAAGCUGCUUCUGCAGGUGCUUGUGCUGGACAAUUUGCCUCCUGGUGGUCCUACUACUUGUGGUCGGGGCUGCAGCCGUAGUCCUCUAUGCUGUAUUCCAGCCGAAACUCCCAAAAUAUUCGAUCCAGAAGUUGAGGAUAACCAACCUGAGGCUCAACGUCGACGUGACCCUUUACGCGAAGUUCGACGUCCAGAUCACAGCCAACAAUCUGAACAAGAGGAUUGGGAUAUACUACGAGAAGGGCGGGUGGCUAGCCGUUUGGUACAAGAACGACAAGUUAUGCCAAGGUUCACUGCCUAUAUUUUACCAGGGUCACAAGAACGUUACAGAGUUCAAUGUCACGUUGAGCGGCGAGACGAGAUCCGGGAGCACAUUGAUGAAUGCGCUUCAGGAGCAGCAACAGACGGGGCAGAUACCGCUGAGCCUGAAUGUCAACGCACCGGUCGCGGUCAAGCUCGGGAGGUUGAAGCUGAGGAAGGUAAGGAUUCUGGGGAAGUGCUUGUUGGUGGUGGAUAGUCUGAGUACUAACAAUCUGGUCAGCAUCAGGGCUAGUGACUGUAGUUACAAGUUGAAACUUUAAGAGUCUAUUAUCUUCCUGUAUAAGAUUGUCACUGGUUAUUUGUUUCUGGGUACUAGAGCGAAAAGAAAAGGCGACACAUUC